AUGGUGGAAGGUGGAAGGUACCCUUUCUUCUUGAAAAAUAGCUCCUUUAGAAACUCCUCAACUAACAAAGUCAGUCUACGCACCUCAGAUCCAAAUCUGGUGGUGUUCCAGGAUAUCUGUAGUGCCACUCCGACUAACAUUCCAUCGCUGACCUAUGACCCAGACAAGAGUGGAUGUAACUAAGAUGAAACAUGAAGAUUCCAGUAUAACACCUUUAAAUUUUUGAGAAGUUUGGCUCCAUGCAUCUUAAGGUUUUCAUACAUGAUAGUGGUGAUCAGUCUCACUGCAAGUAGGCUAAGUUCUAGAAGCAAAAGAGACAUUUCAUCAUACAAAUGAAAGACUAAUUCCAAUUUAGGACACAUUCGUCUGAAAAGGGGUUGACAUGCAAGUGGAAGGUCAGAAAUUCAGUAUCAAAUUGUUGAAACCCAGAUUCAACCUUUCAGCAAUCUGCAUCUGUUUUCAUUCAUGGUCCUUGCUCUCAGUGUUGUGAUUGUGGCUAUAAUCCCAGUGAAGAAUUUUGUGUAUCAGAGAAUAGAUUACAAAGACCAGAAGCUGCAAGACUAUUAA